CCCAGGCUGUACAAGUCGGCACGCACCACACAAGAACAUGUUCAAUCUGACUUCCUCCCUCUAAUUUUAGUCACUAUUCUAUUUACACCCUGAAUCUCAAUCACCCAAACCAGACACAGAGCCAUAAACAAAAAAACACAAACACAAACACAAACACAAACAAAUAUCAAACAGAGGAGAAAGAAGAGAGAGAUACAAAGAUGGGGAGAGGGGAAGAGAGAGAUGGAGAAGAACGAGAGGGAGUGAUGAUGGCUACGGACUUCUUCUGGUCUUAUACAGAUGAGCCUCACGCUUCUCGCCGCCGUCAGAUCCUCUCUCAGUACCCUCAAAUUAAGGACCUUUUUGGCCCUGACCCUCUGGCUUUUCUCAAGAUUACUUUGGUUGUGAUGCUUCAGCUGUCCACUGCUGCAGCGCUUCAUAAUGCAGGCUGGUUGAAGAUUCUGGCAAUAGCCUACUUCUUCGGCUCUUUUCUGAAUCACAACCUCUUCUUGGCCAUCCAUGAGCUCAGCCACAAUCUUGCCUUCUCAACCCCAGUUUACAACCGUUGGCUUGGUAUCUUUGCUAACCUUCCAAUUGGCGUUCCCAUGUCUGUGACCUUCCAGAAGUAUCACCUUGAGCACCAUCGCUUCCAAGGUGUGGAUGGCAUUGACAUGGACAUCCCAAGCAAAGUUGAGGCUCAUGUAGUGAGAAAUGUGUUCACCAAAUCCAUAUGGGUUCUACUUCAACUCUUCUUCUAUGCUCUUCGGCCUGUGUUCUUGAAACCUAAACCCCCUGGUUGUUGGGAGUUCAUCAACUUUUUUGUCCAGAUAUCCCUUGAUGUCUCCAUGGUUUACUUCUGUGGUUGGAAGUCUUUUGCUUAUUUGAUUCUCUCUACGUUUGUUGGGGGUGGGAUGCAUCCUAUGGCUGGUCACUUCAUUUCUGAGCAUUACGUCUUCAGUCCUGAUCAAGAGACGUAUUCUUAUUAUGGCCCUCUUAAUCUGUUGACUUGGAGCGUAGGGUACCAUAACGAACACCAUGACUUCCCCAGAAUUCCUGGGAACAAGCUCCACAAGGUGAAGUCCAUUGCACCUGAAUACUAUGAGGGUUUGGAGUCGUAUAAAUCAUGGAGUCAGGUCAUAUACAUGUAUAUAAUGGACAGAACAGUCGGGCCAUUUAGCCGAAUGAAGAGGAAGCCAAGCAAAUCAGAAUAGACCAUGCUCACUUCUGUAACAUGACUCCCAUUUUUGUAUACAUUUAUGGUUCUGAAUGUUUCAUUGUUAUUAUGCUAAAUUUGUUGGUUUUUUGAGAUUGUAGUAUAGGAUAUAGACUAAAUAUAACCAAGUGAUUUAUUG